AUGAUUGACUUCGAAUAUAUAUUCGAAGUCAAUCAUAUAUAUAUAUUAUAUAGAGAUCUAUCUAUCUAUCCCAAUCUGUUCAUAUCUAUCUAUCUAUCUAUCUAUCUAUCUAUCUAUCUAUCUAUCUUCGUCCUACCGCUAUGCUGUUACUUAUUACUCUUUUUCUUAUUUAUGCUUUCUCUUUCCCGCUCUUUCUUGUGCACACAUUCUCUCUCUCUCUCUCUCUCUCUCUCACUCUUUCUGUCUCUCUCUUUCUGUCUUCUGCCGAGAAAUUGUGCGAGGGCACAUGUACUAAGAAUUGAAAAGACACUCCGACCUAACGUCGAUUUGUUUUCUCUCACACAACGCGCACCUACCCUAACUCCUCCGACUGCUCGUCUCGAUUCGGCUUCUCUACCCUCUUACUCGCUUCUCGCACGCCCAAACUAUUCUCUUUCUCUUUCUCUUUCUCUUUCUCUUCUCGCUAUCACCCUCUUUUCUUUGCUGCCGCCCUUAUCUCUUCUUAUCUUCUUUCUUUCUUUCUUUCUUUCUUUCUUUCUUUCUUUCUUUCUUUCUUUCUUUCUUUCUUUCUUUCUUCUCAGCUUCUUUCUUUCUCUCUUUCUUUCUUUCUUCUCGUCUAGAACAUCUUUCUUUCUUUCUAUCUUUCUUUCUUUCUUCUCGUCUAGAGCAUUUUUCUUUCUUUCUAUCUUUCUUUCCUCUCGUCUAGAGCUUCUUUCUUUCUUUCUUUCUUUCUUUCUAUCUUUCUUUCAUUCUUCUCGUCUAGAGCUUCUUUCUUUCUUUCUUUCUUUCUUCUCGUCUAGAAAAUCUUUCUUUCUUUCUCUCUUUCUUUCUUUCUUCUCCUUCUUUCUAUCUCUCUUUCUUUCUUUCUUCUCAUCUAGAACUUCUUUCUUUCUCUCUUUCUUUCUUUCUUCUCGUCUAGAGCUUCUUUCUUUCUCUCUUUCUUUCUUUCUUCUCAGCUUCUUUCUUUCUCUCUUUCUUUCUUUCUUCUCGUCUAGAGCUUCUUUCUUUCUUUCUAUCUUUCUUUCCUCUCGUCUAGAGCUUCUUUCUUUCUUUCUUUCUAUCUUUCUUUCAUUCUUCUCGUCUAGAGCUAUUUUCUUUCUUUCUUUCUUCUCGUCUAGAACAUCUUUCUUUCUUUCUAUCUUUCUUUCUUUCUUCUCGUCUAGAGCUUCUUUCUUUCUCUCUUUCUUUCUUUCUUUCUUCUCGUCUAGAGCUUCUUUCUUUCUCUCUUUCUUUCUUUCUUCUCGUCUAGAACAUCUUUCUUUCUUUCUAUCUUUGUUUCUUUCUUCUCAGCUUCUUUCUUUCUUUCUAUCUUUCUUUCAUUCUUCUCGUCUAGAGCUUCUUUCUUUCUUUCUUUCUUUCUUCUCGUCUAGAGCAUCUUUCUUUCUUUCUAUCUUUCUUUCCUCUCGUCUAGAGCUUCUUUCUUUCUUUCUAUCUUUCUUUCUUUCUUCUCGUCUAGAGCUUCUUUCUUUCUUUCUUUCUUCUCGUCUAGAGCUUCUUUCUUUCUUUCUAUCUUUCUUUCUUUCUUCUCCUUCUUUCUCUCUUUCUUUCUUCUCGUCUAGAGCUUCUUUCUUUCUCUCUUUCUUUCUUUCUUUCUUCUCGUCUAGAACAUCUUUCUUUCUUUCUCUCGUUCUUUCUUCUCGUCUAGAGCUUCUUUCUUUCUCUCUUUCUUUCUUUCUUACUUUCUUUCUUUCUUUCGUUCUUGUUUCUUCCUUUCCUUAUUUUAUCUUUCUUUCUUUUUCUUCCUUCCUUCCUUCCUUCCUUCCUUCCUUCCUUCCUUUCUUUCUUUCUUUCUUCUCGUCUAGAGCUUCUUUCUUUCUUUCUUUCUUUCUUUCUUUCGUUCUUGUUUCUUCCUUUCGUCUUGAGCUUAUUUUUUCUUGCUCUUUCUUUCUUUUCCUUCUUUUCGUCUUUAACUUAUUUUUCCUCUUUCUUUCUUUCUUUUUUUCUUUCUUUCUUUCUUUCUUUCUUUCUUUCUUUCUUUCUUUUCCUUCUAUCUUACAUGAGUUUCUCCCCCCCCACAUCCAUUUCUCUCAUUUUCUUCUCUACAUUACUCCCCUCUCGAUAUUUUUCGUUCCCUCUUUCUUUUCCACUCAAUUUCUCAUGACAACAGUGAAGCAAAUAUCUAUCUAUCUAUCUAUCUAUCUAUCUAUCUAUAUAUAA